ACAAAAGAACCAAAAUGAAUCGAGGCAGUGGUUUCGGUUUCUAUCGCUCACCCUUUCGGCCAUUCCGUGAAACGGCAUAAAAAUGGUUCAGCGACUGGUUCUGCGUCGUAGACUUCCCUACAACACCGCGUCCAACAAGAGACGAGUGUCCAAGACUCCCGGCGGCCGUUUAGUGUACCUUUACUUGGGUAAGCGGCGCACGGUCCCCAAAUGCGGCGACUGUAAGGAAAAACUCCUUGGAGUCGAAGGAGCCCGCCCAGUGGAACGAUCGCGUCAGACUCAGCGACAAAAGCACGUCACUCGUGCGUACGGUGGAUCCCGCUGCGGAAAGUGUGUCCGUAACCGCAUCAUCCGUGCUUUCCUCAUUGAAGAGCAGAAGAUUGUCGCCCGAGUACUCAAAGCUCAACAGAGGAAGUGAAUAAACCAUGUGCUGAGACUUUGA